AUGUCUACCAGGACCGAUUUUCCUGCGUUACUUCGCAUCCUGCCUAAUCUAAACGAAAUCAAGCUGUCUGGAAUGGAUUGGAAAUCGUUAUCUCAGAGAUUCGUCGAUUCUAUAGCGUCCCAUUCCUUCCGAUCCAUCGUCCUGAUGCAUACACACUUCACUGAUUCCAACGCAUUCUACUCCUUCCUAUCUCACUCGCCCGGCCUUCGUCAGAUCUCCUGCUUCAUGACGACCAUCGAUAGCAACGACCAACUUCUGUUCAGCGCUAAUUUUGAUACUUCUCGUCGCCCACACAUCACCGAGCUAUCUCUCCGAAAAAUGAGACAGAUACCAGAGAUUGUUUUAUCUCCCACUCUAUCACCGUUGUAUCUGGACAGGUUACACAUUCUCGGCGUGUUGCUAGAGGAAGACCACUUUGAUCUGGCACGGCGCUUCAUCGACUUGACCAUGCAAUCCCUCGAAGUUCUUCACGUCUCACAAUUUGAAAAGCCCCCAGCAGACCGGUCCGAGUAUUUCCCCAUUCAACACCUGAAAGAUAUCACUAUCGAGAUCAUGGAUUAUCACCUUGGCCGCAUGAUUUUAUCGACUGACCUAAGCAUCUUCGAAUGGUGGAUCGGACAUUUCGAGAGCUACCCUGCAAUGCAAUGCUCUAGCGUGCACUUCCUCAUCCACGUGUCCACAUACAACGCGCAUGCGGAGGCGGACUACAGUGCUUGGAAGGAGCUUGAUAUCGCUUUGUCGCGUACUUGCGUCCGCUCACUCGUGGUUGACGUUGUCAUUAGCCAGGCAUCGGGCAUUGACGAGCCUUCGAACAAGGUUUCAGUUCAACUCGCUAUCGAACGAGAUCUUCCGGUCUUGAUGGGUCGCAAAGUCGCUCGCGUUCAAAUCGACAUGUACGAUGAGGCCAAAAUCAUUUGGUUAACUAAGGACAGAUGGAACUACGUCUUGAGCAACGCAAAUUAUACAUUCAUACGGAUAUUUUUGCGUCUCGCUUUCUUGUAA